AUGGCCGAACGAACAAACAGAGUACCGCCACGAGAGGACGGUACUCUCUUCCACAUUUGGCAGUUCACCCGGAUCACAAGAACGACCAGCGGGUCCAUGCUGCCGACAGCGAGUAACCCUAUGUGUUCCAGGUACCUAUCAUGCCAAGCCGAUCGGCCGCCUUGGCCACGAUUAGCUUCGAACACCAUGGCAGCAGGUGGCGGGGCCAUCGGGGCCCGAGACGGACAGGUGCGCCAUGAUCGAAGAAAAGUGCAGUGA